GCGGGCGAUGAGUAUUACAGUUUUGGUGAGGCUCGAAAUUUAGGCCUUCUCGCUCGCUGCUAUCGUCGUGUGCUCUGCUCUAUCGCCAUCGUCCACUUUCUAUCUUCUAUCCACAACUCAGAUCUCCCACAAUUACAAUAGAAUUUACUCCGAUAGUCUCUUACAGUAUCACUUUAUACUAUAACAAUAUCUAAUGUCGCAGCAGUCUCGUUAUGAACGAGUCUUCGAACAACCCGAGAACCCGUUCUCGAAAAUAGUCUCGGGCCAGACCUAUGCCAUCAUCCCCGAGUUCACGCUCGAGUCCGGCAUCUCGCUGCGCCAGUUCCCGGUCGCGUACAAGACGUGGGGGAAACUCAACGCGAGCAGGAAUAACGUCAUGGUCAUCUGCCAUGCGCUGACCGGCUCCGCUGAUGUUAAUGAUUGGUGGGGUCCGUUGAUUGGACCUGGCAAGGCAUUCGAUACCUCGAGAUUCUUCAUCGUGUGUAUGAACUCACUAGGCUCGCCCUACGGCUCUGCCUCGCCAUGUACAAAAAACAUAGAAACCGGCGAGAUCUUUGGCCCCGAAUUCCCUCUCGUCACCGUCCGCGACGACGUCAAUAUCCACCGCUUGAUCCUCGACGAUCUCGGAAUCAAGCAGAUCGCGGUUGUGAUUGGCGGCUCGAUGGGCGGCAUGCUAGUCUUGGAGUACGCAUUUUUCGGUCCCGAGUACGUGCGCUGUAUCGUGCCCUUGGCGACCUCGUCGCGACACAGCGCGUGGUGCAUUUCGUGGGGCGAGGCUCAGCGGCAGUGUAUCUACUCUGAUCCAAAGUAUGAUGAUGGAUACUACUCCUUUGACGAUCCACCAAACACAGGCCUCGGCGCAGCACGCAUGUCGGCGCUACUAACCUACCGCUCGCGCAACUCAUUCGAAUCCAAGUUCGGCCGCAACAUCCCCGACCCCGCCCGCCACCGCACCAUCAACGCGCCGCAACGCCAGCCCGAGAACGUGUCGGAGGAGAACUGGGCGGUCCACAACGACGGCCUCAAGAACGGCAAGAAAUUGAGCUCGUCGCCUGGAGGCACGCCGACGCCCGACAGCGAGAGCGACCUGUCGUCGUCGUCGUCGCUGAGUAAGACGUCGUCGAGUACCUCGCUCCAAGGACUCUCGAAGCGGCGGCCGCAGACGUACUUCACCGCGCAGAGUUACCUGCGGUACCAGGGCGAGAAAUUCGUCAAGCGGUUCGACGCAAACUGCUACAUUGCCAUCACGCGCAAACUCGACACGCACGAUGUCUCGCGCGACCGCGGCGGGAGCGUGCGCGAAGUGCUAGCGACGCUCAAGCAGCCUGCGCUGGUUAUUGGGAUCGAGUCUGAUGGACUGUUUACGUUUGCAGAGCAGGAAGAGAUCGCGACGUAUAUACCCAACGCGCGGCUGGAGAAGAUUGAUUCGCCCGAGGGACACGAUGCGUUCUUGCUCGAGUUUGCGCAGGUUAAUCGGUAUAUCGUGAGUUUCCUGCAGGAGACGUUGCCGGAUAUUAUGGGUAAGGAGGGCGCGAGUAUCGUGUCGGAUGAUGAGGAGCUCGCGGAGGUGCGCUAUAGUAGUACGGUGGGCGAGGUCGAGGAUCUUACGAGUUGGUGAUGUAAAAU